UGCAUGAUACCUACUGGUAUGUGCUUGCAGGCGUGCGAGUUUACGACGUUGGCGGGGCAUUGGCUAUGGCCAGCGCUGUACAGGGCGCCACGAUACGGCAGCGCCGCCCGCGCCACGCUGCCCGCGCGUCGGCGCACCUCCCACGGCUCAGGCUGCCCUCCAACUCUUGCUGGUCCAGCAGCCGCCCUGGGAGCCGCGCGCUCUGGGGCGGAGACACACGACGAGACCGUCGCGUACGGGUCACGCGGAAUACGCGUCGCGUCGGAGCCUACGGUCGGUCGGGAUGGUUUAUCGUCGGGGGCGAAGCCGGCGCGGCGACGCGCCGCGACAGCAACAGAGGCAGAGGGAUCGGUCGUCUGGACGAGACGAUGUCUCCGGUUGCUCGCGGCCGUGUCUUAUCGCGUAUUAUGAUUUGGCGUUUUUUAGGUAUAAUCGCUUACUUAGCCCAGCCAAAGCCAGCCAAAGCUAAGCUAAAAAGCGGCCCCACCACCACCAAUUUAAAUAUGGCGCGCCUCCGUAGGGGGCCGCGCCCGGCACGAUGGCCAAGAAAAAGAAGAGUUUGAAACAAAAGGUGAAAGAAAAAAAAAAGCAAAGGCGGGCAAAGGCUAGAAAGGCUAAACAGCCGGCUGCAAAGCCCGCCGCGAAGCGGUCGCCGAAGAAGCACGCCACCCGGCCGACCUUCGACGUGGACCCCAAGCUCACUGAUGCUCAUGGGGAGAAACUCGAAUAUCACGGAGACUACGACUAUGACGACGCGCCUGACAACGACAACUGCGACUGGUCCAACCCGUGGCAAGUCGUCGUCCUUCCACCUGCUACUAGGACGCCACCUACAAAAGUACGCGUGCGGUAUGUGGCCUCGGGUACAGAUAAUGAGGUUGGCGUCGUGGAUCCGGACCGGCUCGUCCGGCGUUUCGUGAUUCAUCCGGUAGGAACUGCGGUAGACGUCCGGGCGGACAAGGUGUUGAAGAACGGCGACAAGAAAAAGUCCGAACAAAUGGUCAUCGUCGGGUGGGAUGAGGAUGCGGGAACGUAUCUCGUCGACUGGGAGGGGAGUGUCUCAGACGCGGAAGAGGGCGACUCCGUGUGGGUGACGCUCGACGAGAUCGAAGGUAAAGUGGUGAAGACGUUCAGCGACGGCUGCGUCGAGGUCAAGUUGGCUGACGACUGGGUCGUAAAGUUCAGGAAUAACGAGGUGCUCGUCCUGUGGCCGGACAAGGCGCACAUCGUCGACCAGAGCUUCGUGCGGCGGCGAGUAUCACGGGCGUGCUCGAGGGCUGUCGCGGGGCAGACGAACCCCACGUGGUUCGUAAAAGACGGCGACCCUAGUGUAGCGAACCCCGACUGGUUUUAUUCGUGUGUUUAUAGGAGAAGAUUCUACCCAAAAGAGAAAGUGGCCCGCGAAAAGGCUUCUGGGGCAAGGCCUUCACUUGAGUUAAUGGGCGAGGAGGAGUACUACGCUCACCCGAGUACGAAGGCGAAACAGGCCUGGAGGGACGCCCACCCCGACUACGACAAGGAACGUUGGAAGACCUACGAACGACCCGUUUGCCCACACUGCGACAGUGGCCUCCUGAAGACGAAUUGUUUUUGUGGCGGUCCUGGCACCGGCAAUUCGCGUGCCUCGAACGUUGCCCGCCGCGCGCUCCGUUUAGCUUUAGAUGCGGAAGUUGGAGGAGACAUGUCGGAGGUCACUGGCUUUACGCCGGCUCAGGCCUCCCAAAUUAUGGCUGCCGCCGUUCCGGACGAUGUACCUCUCGCGGACUUGAUGCGGAAGAAGCUCGUCCGGAGCUGGACGAAGGGUAGGAAAGUCACUGUCCUCGACAACGAGCACAUCAAGCCCAUCGCCUUGUUGAAAAAACAGGAGCUGAAAGACCUCGCCGAUCCUGUGCCGGCAAUGGUCGACGGCGAGCCGAACGAUGCGUUGCGGCUCGUCAGUCGCAUCGAAGGGCUUCAAUUCAUGAUCUUCAGGGAGAAUGAUUGGAAGUUCACGAAAUAUCCGCUGUCGACGAGGCAGGAUCACGAGACGUACAUCCGCUGCUUCUACCCCAAGCGCGAGCUGUCGAAGCCAGUCCUAGAGCGCAAGUACUACGCCUUCAAGACGGUGCUCCGGAACGUCGAGGAGUGGGCCGCGGCCCGCGGCGAGUGGCGCCCCAUCGGCGCCCGCGCGGGCUCCCACUCGCCCGCGGCUGUUCAAGCGCUCUUGGCGGAGUAGUGUGGUUGAGUGUCGCUUGUUUGGAUUUUUGGUUGUUGGUAAGUAUUCUUCACUUU